CGCAUGCGCAAAGGCCAGCCGGCUCCAGGCUACCGCUUGGACAGAGGGGCCUGCUGCUGGGGCCGGGGGCAGACACAUCCGCGCCGGUUUCCUUGAAAGUUGAAGAAUGAACCUUUUUUUUGACCUGGAGGAAUCAUAGACAACUAGUGAAGCAUGACAGCGAUGAUCACCUUGUGGUACCAUUAUGGAGAAGGCUGUAAAUACAUCAGAACCAUUGCCUUCUAAAUCAUCUCAGGUUUCCAGUAAAAAAGAGACGGACUCGACCAAAGAAGUAGACUCCAGUAAAGUACAGAAGGGAAAGCGAGCUGGGUUUGUGCUGGUACAUGCAGGAGCUGGAUAUCACUCUGAAUCAAAAGCUAAGGAAUAUAAACAUGUCUGUAAACGAGCAUGUAAAAAGGCAAUUGAAAAGCUGCAAGCUGGUGAUCUUGCCACAGAUGCAGUUACUGCAGCUCUGGUGGAGUUGGAGGACUCCCCUUUCACAAAUGCUGGAAUGGGUUCAAAUUUGAAUCUACUGGGAGAAAUCGAAUGUGACGCCAGUAUCAUGGAUGGAAAGUCUUUAAGUUUUGGAGCAGUGGGAUCUUUGAGUGGAAUAAAAAAUCCGGUUCUGGCAGCAAACAAGUUACUAUUUGAAGGACAAAAGGGAAAACUCUCUGCCGGCAGAAUACCACCUUGCUUUUUAGUUGGAGAUGGUGCUUUUAAAUGGGCUGUAGACCAUGGGAUACCAACAUGCCCUCAAGACAUCAUGGCUACAAAGUUAAGCCUGGCUGCUUUUAAACGGAACAAAAGAAAACUAGAACUGGCUGAAAAGGUGGAAACGGAUUACAUUCAAUUAAAGAAAAGAAGACAAUCAAGUGAAAAGGAGAAUGACUCAGGAUCUCUGGACACUGUUGGAGCAAUAGUUGUCGACCAAGAUGGAAAUGUAGCUGCUGCUGUCUCCAGUGGUGGAUUAGCCAUGAAACAUCCAGGAAGAGUUGGCCAGGCUGCUCUCUAUGGAUGUGGCUGCUGGGCUGAAAACACUGGAGUUCACAACCCUUAUUCUACAGCUGUGAGUACUUCAGGUUGUGGAGAGCACCUUGUAAGAACCAUACUGGCCCGAGAAUGUUCUCUUGCGUUGCAAGCUGAAGAUGCACACCAAGCUUUGCUAGAGUCUAUGCAAAAUAAAUUUAUUGGCUCGCCCUUCCUGGCUAACGAAGAUAGCAUUCUUGGCGGUGUAAUUGUUCUUCGAUCAUGUAGAUGUUCCUCGAAGCUGGACUCGGCAGACGAUAAACAGGCUCUACUAGUUGAGUUCCUGUGGAGCCAUACUACAGAGAGCAUGUGCGUUGGUUACAUGUCUGCUCAGGAUGGCAAAGCCAAGACUCAUAUUUCCAGGCUUCCUCCAGGUGCUGUCGCAGGCCAGUCUGUCGCCAUUGAAGGUGGUGUGUGUAGGUUAGUGAACCCACACAGCUGAACACGACUCUUCCCUGGUUCACCAGCUGCUUCUUCCUCACUGAUGGCACACUCCUGGAGAUACUCUACUUUCAGAAUCUGUUAUCAUUGCACAGUAUGCACCAUAAAACACGAGCAGCAUGCAACGGUGUAUCCUGUAAUCCUCUUGUACCACAGUGAAGGCUUCUUCUGAUAAUAUUGUGCUUACUUCCAGUAGGCUGCUUCAACCUCUCCGUUGUUAUUGGCCCUUGUAUUAGCUAGACGUACCCCUUUUCCAAAUGAUCCGUUCUGUUUCCAACGUAUAGUGUAUGUUUGAUUUUGAUGUCCUUGUUCUCUAAUAUUUUACUAGUUUUCCAAUUUAUAUUUUCCAUGAAAUUCCAAGUGGUUUUUGAGUAAUUCUGUGUCUCUUUAAAUCCCUGGCUGUCGUAAUGGUAAAGUGUGCACAGUGCAGAUGGAAGAAUUGCUCAACUGCAUUUUUUUUCGUACAUAACCUAGCAUGGGUCAGUUUAAUUUUAUAUAUAUAUAUUUUUUUACCAUAACUGCGUUUAAUUUAUUAUCCACAGAAUGGUAUUACUUACGAAUUAUUAGUUGCUAUAUUCUCUUGCAAUUUAAAAGUACUGCAUGAUAAAGUGACAUCCUUGUUGAAAAAAUGCCACUCUUGUCCAUAGGCUGUGUCUGCAAGUGAAUGAAGCAGAGCUACACGUGUUGUAGACGCGAUUGGUGCUGUUCCAACAAGGAAGCUGCUAUAUUAUUUUAUUUCAUAAAGCCCCUUUAAGUGACGGCCUGAAUUUAUUCAUGGGGUAUAUGAAGACAUAUUUAUGGUAUACACAUAUAAUGUUAUAGUAAAAUUAAAGCGAAGGAAAUAUACACAAUAACUUCACAUAGACACAACUGAAGCUUAAUGGAAACAUAUAUCAAUUAUAUAUAUAUAUAUAUAUAAGUCUACAGUAUACUUUAGAGGUGCUUCCAAGCAAAGCUGUGAUCUUCUAUAACACGCAUUAACUGGUCAAUAGGUCAACUUUUGUCCACUGAUGUUUCUUGCAGUUGAAAAUGUACUGUAGUAAAACGUAAAGGUAUAUAAGUCUAUGUACUGUAAACUGAAUAUUUCCGCUCAGUUCUUUUAAGUAUAUUUUCUAUGACUGAAAAUAAAGUCAAAUAUUACUAUACA